GAUUUCCCUGUGUCAGCCCUGUGAUCCUGUCCAUGGCUGACCCUGGAAGCUGUCAGUGCCCUGGACGCAGACAAUAACAGAUUGACCAGAUCUGGGCAGGAUGGCAACAGUCAAGGGUGUCUCAGCUUUCAGUGCUGAGCAUGAAGCACAGGCACUAAGGAAGGCCAUGAAGGGACUUGGCACGGAUGAAGAUGCCAUCAUUGAGACCUUGACCAAACUGAACGUGUCCCAGCGCCAGCAAGUUCUGAUCGCCUAUAAAAGCACCAUUGGCAGGGAUUUGAUUGAUGACUUGAAAUCUGAGCUGAGUGGGAAUUUUGAAAGGGUGAUCAUUGGUUUGAUGACUCCUACCACCAUGUAUGACGUGCAUGAACUGAGGAGGGCUCUAAAGGGAGCAGGGACAGAUGAAGGCUGCCUGAUUGAAAUCCUGGCGUCUCGCACCAACGCCGAGAUCCGGCACAUCAAUGAGAACUACAAACUCCAGUACGGAUCCACCCUGGAGGAGGACAUUGUCUCGGACACCUCGUCCCUGUUCCGCAGGGUGCUCGUGUCCCUCGCCACGGGCAACAGAGAUGAGGGAACAUUUGUGGAUGAAGCCCUUGCUCAACAAGAUGCUCAGGCCCUGUACGAAGCUGGGGAGAAGAAAUGGGGAACAGAUGAGGUGCAGUUCUUGUCCAUCCUCUGCACAAGGAACAGGUGCCACCUGCUCAGAGUUUUUGAUGUGUACAGAGUGAUUGCUAAUAAGGACAUCACAGACAGCAUUAAAUCCGAGAUGUCAGGAGACCUUGAGGAUGCUUUGUUAGCUGUGGUAAAGUGCAUGAGGAACAAACCUGCUUAUUUUGCUGAAAGAUUGUACAAAUCCAUGAAGGGCCUGGGCACUGAUGACAGCACGCUGAUCCGGGUGAUGGUGUCCCGUGCCGAGAUAGACAUGCUCUACAUCAGGAGGGAGUUCCUGGCCACGUAUGGAAAAUCACUCCACUCCUUCAUCAAGGGAGACUGCUCAGGGGACUACAGGAAGGUUCUGCUCAGGCUGUGUGGUGGGGAGGACUAAGGAGGCCUGAGGGACCUGCUGGGUUGUGGCAAGCAGCUGAUCAGAUUUUUAGGUUGGAAAAGACCUGUAAGAUCAUCGAGCCCAAUCAUGAUAGAGAUUUCUUUCUUUUUUUUUUUUUUUUUUUUUUUCUCUCCCAAAUGCCUUAUUAAUUACUCUGAUUAUUGACUUUGGUUAGUUCAUGUUCUGGUUAGGUAGUGGCCAUUCUGGCUGACUCUUUUGAUACACUUUUAUGCUUGGAACACCCAUUUGCCUACUAACUGGGCUGGUGAAGCCCAGCUUACACAGAAUGCUGUAACCAAAGGUAUUAAAGUUAUUUCCUGAGCAGCUGCCCCUCUGCUGUUGUGCUCACCAGCAAAAUGCAUCAAUCAACUAAAGCAAACCUGAGAGUGAGAGGCUGCACAGGGAAAAACCAACCUCAAUGGUACCUGGAGACUGCAGAACAUGGGUCUGCUCCAGCUGUUAAACACAAAGAAACCAAAUAUCUAAAAUACAAGUUUAUAUAUUAACUUGCCUCUGUUAGUGUGGAGCAUUAACAGCCUGGCUGUGCUGUGUGUACAUGUUGCCUGUAAGUGGGGAAAUUGUCACUGGUGAUUGAGAAAAACCUUGUUCUGCCCUGGUUAGAGCAGCCCUGUGGAUUUUGGUCUGUCUGCUGGAUCAUGGGAGUAUAAAUAAUUAUACUGCAGAGGUGCUGCCUGGGGUGGGUUUCAGUGCCUUGGGUCUGGCUGGGUUUCAGAGCGUUGAAAAAUGAAUAAAGAAUUUGUUUCUGUA